UGUCACCCACAGGGGAGGAGCCGCCGCCGCCGACUGUCGGAGGAACUGCUGUCCCCGCCAUGUCUGUGGUAUUUGUGCCACAGCGGCUGCGGAGCAAAUGUGAAAUAAACCAGGCGACCAUCCAAAAGUUACUUGAUGAGAACAACCAGUUAAUUCAGUGCAUUGUGGAGUAUCAGAACAAUGGCAAAGCUGCAGAGUGCACCCAGUACCAGCAGAUCCUGCAUAGGAACCUCAUCUACCUGGCCACAAUAGCAGAUUCCAGUCAGAAUGUGGCAAGUGCCCAUCCUGUGGUGCUCAACCAGCCAAUGGCAAUGGGGCCAGGGGUAAUGGAUCCUGUCGGGAGAGCUGGAGAUCCCAUGGGAAGCGGAACUCCUCCCCCUGGACAAGGGAACCCUCAUCAAAUGGCAGGUGGCGCCCCCUUUCCCCAGGCUCAUUGCCAACAGGUUGCACCCAGCACUUCGAUGGGUUUACCUGCUGGUAGCCACGGCAACAUGGGGAACUUCAACCAACCGGCAGCUCCUCCACAGAACAUGCCAGCCCAGGAGCAGAUGGGGAUGAGCAUGGGCUCAUCCCUGGCAAAUCACCUGCAGCCAGGCCCUCACAACCCAGCUCCACCACAGCAGCAAGGAUCCCAGGGAGAAUUCUUCACCCAGCAGUUCAAGCAGUCGCAGGCGCCGGCCGACGGAAUGAACCUACAGCUCUAUUCAGAAGGUAACAACUGGUUUGGACCCCAGCAGGGGCCUUUCCAGCAGAACUCCAGUGCUCACCAGCAGACCUUCUUUCAGCAGUUCCCCAACCAGCAACCACUGACCAGCACUCCUCAGGAAUUCAAUCCUGCACAGAACUCUCAAGGACAAUUUAGAAGCUUUCAGCAAGAUCCGGGGCAACAAUACGCAGCGUACAGACCCCAACAACCUGUCGCAAACGCAGCCCAGCCACAGGCCUUCCAGUAUGGGCAGGGAGCUGCCUUUGGAGGAUUCCAGUGACUGGACGUGGACUGAAGGACUGCCUCUCACUGCAGACACCGGUGCAGCACCAUCAGGCAGAGCUCUGGAAGCCAGGGAGCCCCUUUCCACCUGGAUGCAGCCCUGGGA